AUGAAGCAAACCGAAGUCCACGAUCACAAGCGGAAGAAGCUGACAACCGCUCCGAGUCCCGACCCCCCAGAGGAACCAAGCUCGGAGGAUGAUUCGGAAAGUGGGGACGGCUCUGAUGGAAGCAGUUACGACGACUCUGAAGACGAGAUUGACUACAUCAAGAACCUUAACCUCGACAAAAACGGUCGGCCGCGUCCCGGCCAAAUUUUCCCUGAAGAUCUGGGAGCGGUUGUGGACGAGCAGGAUGGGCUGCCACGGAGUGAGAAGACACAGAAACGGAAGCGGAGAGCACGGUCGCCGACGAGUUUUGGAUUGAUGCUCUCGCAGGCCUUAGAAGCCUCUGAGAAGUCGAAUGCCACCGGCCCCUCGACGACACUCCAUCCAGCGACCCGACAGGCCAACCGGAUUGCCAAACAACAGGCGGCCAGCGAAUCUCAGCGGAAACAAACGGCGGCGACGAGACAUGAGCUCCAGGAGCGUGGACAUAUCAAGGAUGUGAUUGGCGGAUGGACCCCUCGUCCGGCGGUCCCGUUCUCCGAGUGGCUCGUCCAGGGCGACCGGAAAUGGUCGGAGGAGGGCGCCUAUGUCGGCGGUGCAAGCCAAGAGAAAACCCUCCGCCGCCUCGCCCAGACCGGUGUCGUCAAGCUCUUCAACGCCAUCCGGGCUGCCCAAAACGUGGACGAUGAGGACGCUAAGGCCUCCUUGACUACCCUCAGUGGCGCUCAAAAGAGGAAGCUCAACAAACUCGUCGGCGAUAAACUCUCGAAGAAAGCUGCCGAAAAUCCGGACCCCGCCGCCCUGGCUGAUGCCCCCGAAGGGGAACCCUCUGUCGGUCGAUUCAAGCCCAACGUCUUGGGAAGUCGGGGAAAGGACGAGGCUUUGGCCAAUUUAUCCAAAGCGACGUUCUUAGAGCUUAUCAAAUCGGGCGGAAAACCGAGCUGA